AUGAGCUGGUUCUUCUCCUCUAAAGGCUCUAGACCUCUGCCGGCCCUCAACAGCCUGCAACAGCAGAGACAGCGCCAGGUGGACUGCCUCAAGGCUUGUCACAGCAGUAUCACUGAAAUUCAGAAAGAUGUGGAAUACAGAUUACCAAUUACCGUAAAAAAUGUGACCAUCAACAUAAACAUCUUGCUUCCUCCACAAUUUCCUCAAGAGAAACCAGUCAUCACAGUCUUUCCUCCAAUUAGACAUCAUCUAGUGGACACACAAGGCACAAACAUCACAUGUCCUUUAGUAAACAAUUUUACUAUGCACUCUGAUCUUGGGAAAAUAGUGCAAAACUUGUUAGAAGAAUUUUGGAAGAAUCCUCCAACACUAGCCCCAGCUUCUGGCCCGUUUCCUUACUUGUACAGCAGUACCACGGGGCAUCCUCCUUAUCCUCCUCCUCCAGGCUUUUCUUUUCUGCCAUCCUUCCCCACACAAGAAACCAAUCGCUCAGUCCCCGUAUCGGAGACUGUUUCUUCAAGCUACAACACUGCCAAAGCUGCUGCCCCUUCCUACGGCUUAAUAAGUGAUUUGCCUCUACCUGUCCCCACUUCUGAAGUGGGCAUUAACGGAUUUACGUACAAGAUGCCUGAUCUCCCUGAUACUUUUCCUGAACUCUCGGAAUUAAGUGUGUCCCAGCUCUCAGAAAUGACUGAGCAGGAAGAUGUUCUUCUGGAACAGUUUGUUAAUCUGCCACAGUUAAAACAGAUAAUAUCUGAUAAGGAGGACCUGGUGAAAAACAUAGAGGAACUAGCAAAAAAGAAUCUUAAGCUGGAGCCUAUUCUAGAGUCAAAGAGACAGGCGCUUUUAGACAAAUAUGAGCUUCUCACAGAAAUGAAAGCCACAUUUGAAAAGAAAUUACAAAGACAGCAUGAGCUGAGUGAGAGCUGCAGUUUGAGUGCUCUACAGGCUAGAUUGAAAGUGGCUGCUCAUGAAGCAGAAGAGGACUCCGACAGUAUUGCAGAGAACUUCCUUGAGGGAAAAACGGAAAUAGAUGAUUUUCUAAACUUAUUCAUGGAAAAAAGAACAUGCUGCCAUAGUAGACGAGCCAAAGAGGAGAAACUUCAACAGACCAUAUCAUUACACAGCCAAUACCAUGCACCGCUAUAG